AUGUCGUCACAAGUUCAUGUUAUUAGUUCGCUAGUAAUUUCUUCUACUGCUUCGAUUUCAACUCCUGGCUUGGGUUAUGUUUUGACUCGUCGUCCUAAACCAAACAGUCUUUCACGAAUGUUAUUACUUUCAAAAUCUUUUUUAAAUUCAUCUAAAUAUCCACUUGAACGAUUUAAAUUAUUUUGCUCAAAAAACAAAAAAAAUAAAAAUUUGGCCGUUUUAAAAACUAAUCCACCUAUGAUGGUUUGUCGUUUAUCCACUGAUGAUAAGACUCCAAUUUGUUCUGACGCUACAAGUAUCCGCUCUCUUGGUAAAGCGAUUCCUGUGCAAAUUUCUCCGGAAAAUUUCAAUUCUUCAAUUAUAAACGCUGAGUCCGAAGAUGAAGAAGAUUGGGAUACUACCAUUAUUGGAGCUUAUGACUCUUCUCGAUCAAAAUCUUUACGAAAGUUGCAACAUAGUCGUUGUGAAUCUGCUCCUUCAACAUCUAUUCUAAGGAGAGGAAGUCAUCGAAGACCCGCUCCUAGCGAAAGUUGGGAUGAUGAUUUUGAUUUGGAUAGUAAUGAAAUAAAUGUUCCUUAUUCUGUUAAAGAAGCUCAGUCAUCUCUGAGAAUGGAUAUAUCUAAUAUCCGUGAUUUUGCUUCUCAAAAUAAAAAAUUGGAUUUUACAUCAACGAUUCACUCCAAGAUGGGCAGAAAAUGGAAAACUGCUUUUAAUCGAUCAACAAUGAGAAAAUAUAAGAAUUUAGAAAAUUUAUUCAAGCAAGAUUGGGAAGAAGCAAAAGUAAUAAUUGAUCUUUCUGAUGUAGCUCAAGAUAAACAAUCUUCUUCUUCAUCUAAUGAUGAAAGUGUUAAAGUUGAUAUCGAGCGAAUACCUUCGGAACGACAUGCUCAAGUGUUUAAAAAAAUUAUUUUAGAAGAGUUAGGUGAAGAUGCUCGGAACGUGAUAUUCCUUGAUGAUGACAAAGAAAAUUUUAAUGAUAAUAACUACACCGAUUCAUCAUUGAACAGUGCUGGCCACACUCAUAGUGCUAAAAAACAAAAGUUAGCAAAUGGUGAAAGUAGUAGUAAUGGUGGAUAUAAUAAAGGAAGCACAAAACGUAAAGAGAAUAUUAGAAUUAGUCUUGAAAUAAUGCCAAAUUUAAUUGAUCAUUUAAAAAAGUUACAAAAUCGAUUAUCUGAUCAUCUAAAUGAAUUAAAAACUUUGUCAACUAAUAAAAAAUGA